UAUAAGGGCAGCCCGGAGAGCGCAGCCUGGUUCAGUUUGAAGCAUCUGGACCGAACCGAAGCGGACGGGAAUCCCAUUUCCAAGGCGGAGGAGAUGGAGGACAAGAAGAAAAGAAAGAAGAAUGAAGACUCCAACAGCGACAGAGUCACUCUGAAAAAAGAAAUUGGACUUCUGAGCGCUUGCGCUAUUAUCAUCGGGAAUAUCAUCGGCUCUGGGAUUUUCAUCUCACCUAAAGGAGUGCUGGAGCAUGCGGGGUCAGUGGGGCUGUCACUCUUCGUUUGGGUCUGUGGAGGAGGCAUCUGUACCCUUGGGUCCAUGUGCUACGCUGAAUUGGGUGUCACCAUCCCAAAGUCUGGAGGUGACUAUUCAUAUGUGACAGAAAUCUUUGGGGGGCUAGUAGGAUUCCUGUUGUUAUGGAGCGCUGUCCUCAUCAUGUACCCAACCACGCUGGCCGUCAUUGCGCUCACCUUCUCCAAUUACGUCUUGCAGCCGGCCUUUCAGAACUGCUUUCCUCCCUUCGUCGCCACCAAACUUCUUGCCACGAUCUGUGUCUUAUUCCUGACCUGGGUGAACUGCUCCAGUGUGCGCUGGGCGACACGGAUCCAGGACAUUUUCACUGUAGGAAAACUUCUCGCUCUAGGACUCAUUAUAAUAGUUGGACUUGUCCAAAUUUGUAGAGGUCACUACGAUGCCCUGCACCCCAGUGUGGCCUUUGAAUUCAGUCAGGACCCCUCAGUGGGACAAAUAGCUCUGGCCUUCCUCCAGGCCUCCUUUGCCUACAGCGGCUGGAAUUUCCUCAACUAUGUCACGGAGGAGGUCGUAGAGCCGCGCAAGAACCUGCCCCGUGCCAUCUACAUUUCCAUCCCACUGGUGACCCUCGUCUACACGAUGACCAACAUUGCCUACUUCUCCUCCAUGACCCCAGAGGAGCUGCUCAGCUCGAAUGCCGUGGCAGUGACGUUUGGGGAAAAGCUGCUGGGGAUGUUUUCCUGGGUGAUGCCGAUCUCUGUAGCUUUGUCCACGUUUGGAGGAAUUAACGGAUAUUUGUUCACCUCCUCCAGACUGUGUUUCUCUGGUGCCAGAGAGGGUCACCUCCCUUAUCUGCUGGCAAUGAUCCAUCUAAAAAACUGCACUCCGAUUCCUGCCCUGCUGCUCUGCUGUAUUGCCACAAUAGUCAUCCUGUGUAUUGGAGAGACGCACAACCUGAUCAACUAUGUGUCCUUCAUCAACUAUCUGUCCUAUGGGGUAACCAUCGCCGGCCUUCUCUACCUCCGCAAGAAAAAGCCCAACUUGGCCAGACCUAUAAAGGUGAACCUGUUGAUCCCCAUCAGCUACCUGAUCUUCUGGGCUGUGCUGCUGGGCUUCAGUCUGUACUCAGAACCAGUGGUCUGUGGCCUGGGUAUGGUGAUCAUGCUGACGGGAGUCCCUGUGUACUUUGUGGGCGUUCAGUGGAAGGAGAAACCCAAAUGGCUCUACAGAGUAGUUGAAAAAGUCACAUACAUGGGCCAGAAGGUGUGUUACGUGGUGUUUCCUCAGGGUGACCCCUCAGAAACAGAGCCCCUCACUGCCAAAGCUACUGACUGAGCAGUGAAGUCAAACCGGGACUCUGUGUCAACAUCACUACUUCCAGUUUUCGUCUUAAAAAUGUUCCUGUUGGUCAGUAAAUCGUGAAGAGAAGUAUUACAUGUUCUUGCACAGGUGUGCAGGGGGUUGGGCUGGGAUGGAGCCGUUAUAUCCAAUGGAUGUGUUUUUGGGUUUUGGUUUUGUCAUCCAUUGUCGUCACCAGCAUGAAGAGUUUAUUUUUCAUACAGACCCUCAUUUAUCCUCUUACUAUAAACAAAAAAAUCUCCAUCCUGUUCUUUUUCUGCUUCAUUUCCAGGAGUUUUUUUCUUUUGAGACUUUAACUAAAUUUUCAUGCUAAUGUGCCUUAUGAAAGUGUGUGUGUGUGUGUGUGUGUGUGUGUGUGUGUGUGUGUGUGUGUGUGUGUUGCAUUGGUUUGUGCGGGUAUUUUGAGUGUGUCAUUUCUUGUAUAAGAUAAAUAUGCAAGCAGUUUCUGCACUUAGCAAUACUUCUCUGUAACUGCUGCUACUUUGCACUCUUUUACUAAUUACUCACAUGUUCACUGAUCUGUUGUGGAUGUGUCAUUUUUCUGUCUGUGUCUCUGCCUCGGCUGCAGACAGAAUCUGGCUGUUCUCUUUUCUUUCCACAGACUAUUCUGUUUUUUUUGUUAUGAUUAUAUCACGUCUCCUUCCUGAGAGAUGCUGUAGGUGCCUUAAUGUUUUUAUUAGAGACGCUCCUCUCUCCCAGUUAUUUUUAAAGCGCGGGCGAGACGAUGACCGGCUCUUGCAGGUUUUUAAGGUUCACCUGCCGCCUCCUUUGGUCUCUGGAGUUCGGCACUUUGAGACUUUUGGCCUCGUUGCUUUAGUAAUGUUUUCAUCUCUGGGAUUGCCACCGAACUCUCUCUCAAGGUGCUUGGCCAGCCAAAACACUUACUACACGUUUCACCUGUUGUGAUACAGUAUUCGAUCAGUAACAUGUUGCAUAACUUUAUCAGAAUCUGCAAUGAUUGACAGAUGGCUGACAGUGGAUGUUUAAGUGUGUUCUUACUUCCCCAAAGUCACUCCAGUAACCCCUGAUAUUCACUCUUUUAUCCACUGAUCAGCUGAUUUAACAUAACACUGACAUCACAUAGUUGGAAGUUCUGUUCAUAUCCCAUGACCUCAUGGACUUCCUGUAUAAGUCAAUAUAUUGAUGUAUUAUGGAACCAAUUUGGUCAAACUUGCCUCCUCAGUACCUUUACAUUUACUGUGGCCCAGGAGAUGAUGUUGUUGCUGCCGUAUUGUAUUUGAAUAUUAAGAUUUAUUUUAUUGUCAUUGCAUACACAACGAGAUUCUUAAAUCUCUCUGAUGUUGUACAUAUAACAGAACAAAUGAAGAAUUGGGCCACUGGCCUUUUUUAAAUGAGAAGUAAACCAUCGGGUUGGAACUGUAUUGAACAUGUGGUCCCUUUCUCAGUCUGUAGAUGCUGAGAAUUUCUCGUGCAUCAGAUCCACGAAACGUCUGUCCUGCCACGUCCCGGUGCUGUAAGAUCUGUAAAUACUGUGUGGCGAAAAUAAACUAUUAAAAAAAUGCACCAGGGACUUUUACAGAGAUCACAUUCCUCAGACAUGUUGUGGUACAUUUGUAUACUGUAUAAUGGGUGUACCUUUUGUUUUGUAAAAGAGCG